UUGUUCCAGCAUAAAGCCAAGGUAGAAGCAAUGACCUUAGACCUUACUUCUCUUCAGAGUGUGCAGCACUUUGCUGAAGCAUUCAAAUCCAAGAAUGUGCCUCUCCACAUCUUGAUCUGCAAUGCUGCCGUGUUUGGUGUUCCCUGGGUCUUGACGGAGGAUGAGCUGGAGUCCACCUUCCAGGUGAACCACUUGGGACACUUCUACCUUGUCCAGCUUCUGGAAGAUGUUUUACGCCGGUCAUCUCCUGCUAGGGUUGUGGUGGUGUCCUCCGAAUCACACAGAUUUACAGAAAUUAAAGACAACUCUGGAAAACUCGAUUUCAGCCUGCUUUCUCCAUCUAAAAAGGAGUAUUGGGCUAUGUUGGCCUACAAUCGUUCCAAACUUUGCAAUAUACUGUUCUCCAAUGAGCUGAACCGACGCCUUUCUCCCCAUGGGGUGACGUCUAACUCAGUCCAUCCUGGAAAUAUGAUUUACUCCUCCAUUCAUCGUAACUGGUGGGUGUAUACCCUGCUGUUUACCUUGGCUCGACCCUUCACCAAGUCCAUGAGCAGGAGAUGGAAGUAUUCAAACGAAUUAAAGGCCCGUGUGAAAUACUGCCUCCCACUGCUGCUCGCUGUCCCAGAACUUCAGCGAAAGACAUCACGGUUGCUGGAAAUGGUGAAGAUAUUUCCCUUACAUGGGAGGAAAAGCUGUGAAAAAGAAGUUUUUGACAGGAGAGAAAGCAAAAGACUUAAGGAAUAAAAAUACAAGUGCAUGAUUCUUUUGCAAAUAGCCCAGUAUCUGGAUAGUUGACAAAAAGUGGUAGAGAAGAGCUAGAAGGGUUGUUUGCAAAAACAGAUGACAUCAGAAAUUUCAUUGAAGAUAGAUUAGUUUUUACUGGUAUAGUUGAACAACACAUAUCCUACUCUCCAGAUGCCCCCUGUGCAAUAACAGAGUUCAAGUGCAGGAUAUAAAGAAGAAACCAUUCUGCUUAACUGUGAUCAUUUGAAGAGUCCCUUGGCUCAAUCCAUCUUCUCUUAUCUGUCCAGCCCCAAACCUGGGAGCAGAGAGUAGUGAUGGCACUAAUGUCUGGAUUUAUCUUGCAAAUCAGUGAGCAAUAAAAAGAUUUUUAGUA